AUGGCCAGAGCGGUGCUGGCGGUCCAGGUGGUCCUGGUGGCCCGAGGCCUGACUGUCGCGACCUCCGAGGGCGCUGCAGGCGGUGGAGCUCUCCAAUCCGAGGGGACCCCUCAUGCCCCCGGCCCCGCCAGCACCCUCACCGUGCCCUUCCGGUCGCCCCUGGAGGCGGAGAUCGCCCGCGGGUCCCUGGCCCCAGAUGCUGAACCGCACGGAGGGGUGGUUCAUAAGGAGUUCACACUGAACGGCAGCGUCCUGGCUGUCCGAUGGACUGCUGAAGACCCUCGCCUCCUGCGGAUUUCCAUCAUCAACUUCCUCGAUCAGCUUUCCCUGGUGGUGCGGACCAUGCAGCGCUUCGGGCCCCCUGUUUUCCGCUAAGCCUCAGCCGGGAAGAGGGGCUGAGGCCUAAGUUUGUGUUUCCCCCACGC